AUGGUGAGUGCUGGGAUGGUGAGUGCUGGGAUGGUGAGUGAUGGGAUGGUGAGUGAUGGGAUGGUGAGUGCUGGGAUGGUGAGUGAUGGGAUGGUGAUGAUAGGGAUGGUGAGUGCUGGGAUGGUGAGUGAUGGGAUGGUGAGUGAUGGGAUGGUGAGUGCUGGGAUGGUGAGUGCUGGGAUGGUGAGUGCUGGGAUGGUGAGUGAUGGGAUGGUGAGUGAUGGGAGGGUGAGUGCUGGGAUGGUGAGUGCUGGGAUGGUGAGUGCUGGGAUGGUGAGUGAUGGGAUGGUGAGUGAUGGGAUGGUGAGUGCUGGGAUGGUGAGUGAUGGGAUGGUGAGUGAUGGGAUGGUGAGUGCUGGGAUGGUGAGUGCUGGGAUGGUGAGUGCUGGGAUGGUGAGUGCUGGGAUGGUGAGUGGCUGGGAUGGUGAGUGCUGGGAUGUGAUAGGGAUGGUGAGUGCUGGGAUGGUGAGUGAUGGGAUGGUGAGUGAUGGGAUGGUGAGUGCUGGGAUGGUGAGUGCUGGGAUGGUGAGUGCUGGGAUGGUGAGUGAUGGGAUGGUGAGUGAUGGGAGGGUGAGUGCUGGGAUGGUGAGUGCUGGGAUGGUGAGUGCUGGGAUGGUGAGUGAUGGGAUGGUGAGUGAUGGGAUGGUGAGUGCUGGGAUGGUGAGUGAUGGGAUGGUGAGUGAUGGGAUGGUGAGUGCUGGGAUGGUGAGUGCUGGGAUGGUGAGUGCUGGGAUGGUGAGUGCUGGGAUGGUGAGUGGCUGGGAUGGUGAGUGCUGGGAUGGGAUGGUGAGUGCUGGGAUGGUGAGUGCUGGGAUGGUGAGUGCUGGGAUGGUGAGUGCUGGGAUGGUGAGUGCUGGGAUGGUGAGUGCUGGGAUGGUGAGUGCUGGGAUGGUAAGUGCUGGGAUGGUGAGUGCUGGGAUGGUAAGUGCUGGGAUGGAAAGCCUGUCAUCUGUGGAGCUACUCAACAACGUUCGCACACCCGCACAACAGCAGUGGGUUAGAGACGAGGCAGCUGGAGUCGCUGCCGGAGCGGAUGACAAUCCGCUGAAGUUGUACUCAACGUUCGACAUCGACGUUGGAUCAUUGCCGUGGGGAAAUCCUUUUCUCGCUGUCAUGGCGGACAUCAUGCACCAGGCAGACCUGGGGAUGCUGGACCACAUCGUGGUGUUGAUCUUUUUGGUGGCUGACGUUGUCGGCUCGCCCCAGCUGGAGGCCAUCAGAGCAUACCUUGACUGCAACGUGGCCACCGACCAAGGCGUGCAAACGGCUAUGCAAAAGGUAGGUGCUGUGAGGGGAGGCGCUGAGAUGGUGAGUGCGAUGAGGGGAGGUGCUGAGAUGGUGAGUGCGGUGAGGGGAGGUGCCGAGAUGGUGAGUGAUGUGAGGGGAGGUGCUGAGAUGGUGAGUGCUGUGAGGGGAGGCGCUGAGAUGGUGAGUGCUGUGAGGGGAGGUGCUGAGAUGGUGAGUGCUGUGAGGGGAGGUGCUGAGAUGGUGAGUGCUGUGAGGGGAGGCACUGAGAUGGUGAGUGCUGUGAGGGGAGGUGCUGAGAUGGUGAGUGCUGUGAGGGGAGGUGCUGAGAUGGUGAGUGCUGUGAGAGGAGGUGCUGAGAUGGUGAGUGCUGUGAGGGGAGGCGCUGAGAUGGUGAGUGCUGUGUGGGGAGGUGCUGAGAUGGUGAGUGCUGUGAGGGGAGGCGCUGAGAUGGUGAGUGCUGUGAGGGGAGGUGCUGAGAUGGUGAGUGCUGUGAGGGGAGGUGCUGAGAUGGUGAGUGCUGUGAGGGGAGGCACUGAGAUGGUGAGUGCUGUGAGGGGAGGUGCUGAGAUGGUGAGUGCUGUGAGGGGAGGUGCUGAGAUGGUGAGUUCUGUGAGAGGAGGUGCUGAGAUGGUGAGUGCUGUGAGGGGAGGCGCUGAGAUGGUGAGUGCUGUGUGGGGAGGUGCUGAGAUGGUGAGUGCCGUGAGGGGAGGUGCUGAGAUGGUGAGUGCUGUGAGGGGAGGCACUGAGAUGGUGAGUGCUGUGAGGGGAGGUGCUGAGAUGGUGAGUGCUGUGAGGGGAGGUGCUGAGAUGGUGAGUGCUGUGAGGGGAGGUGCUGAGAUGGUGAGUGCUGUGAGGGGAGGUGCUGAGAUGGUGAGUGCGGUGAGGGGAGGUGCUGAGAUAGUGAGUGCUGUGAGGGGAGGUGCUGAGAUAGUGAGUGCUGUGAGGGGAGGUGCUGAGAUGGUGAGUGCUGUGAGGGGAGGUGCUGAGAUGGUGAGUGCUGUGAGGGGAGGUGCUGAGAUGGUGAGUGCUGUGAGGGGAGGUGCUGAGAUGGUGAGUGCUGUGAGGGGAGGUGCUGAGAUGGUGAGUGCUGUGAGGGGAGGUGCUGAGAUGGUGAGUGCUGUGAGAGGAGGUGCUGAGAUGGUGAGUGCUGUGAGGGGAGGCGCUGAGAUGGUGAGUGCUGUGUGGGGAGGUGCUGAGAUGGUGAGUGCUGUGAGGGGAGGUGCUGAGAUGGUGAGUGCUGUGAGGGGAGGCACUGAGAUGGUGAGUGCUGUGAGGGGAGGUGCUGAGAUGGUGAGUGCUGUGAGGGGAGGUGCUGAGAUGGUGAGUGCUGUGAGGGGAGGUGCUGAGAUGGUGAGUGCUGUGAGGGGAGGUGCUGAGAUGGUGAGUGCUGUGAGGGGAGGUGCUGAGAUGGUGAGUGCUGUGAGGGGAGGCGCUGAGAUGGUGAGUGCUGUGAGGGGAGGUGCUGAGAUGGUGAGUGCUGUGAGGGGAGGUGCUGAGAUGGUGAGUGCUGUGAGAGGAGGUGCUGAGAUGGUGAGUGCUGUGAGGGGAGGUGCUGAGAUGGUGAGUGCUGUGAGGGGAGGUGCUGAGAUGGUGAGUGCUGUGAGGGGAGGUGCUGAGAUGGUGAGUGCUGUGAGGGGAGGCACUGAGAUGGUGAGUGCUGUGAGGGGAGGUGCUGAGAUGGUGAGUGCUGUGAGGGGAGGUGCUGAGAUGGUGAGUGCGGUGAGGGGAGGUGCUGAGAUGGUGAGUGCUGUGAGGGGAGGUGCUGAGAUGGUGAGUGCUGUGAGGGGAGGUGCUGAGAUGGUGAGUGCUGUGAGGGGAGGUGCUGAGAUGGUGAGUGCUGUGAGGGGAGGCGCUGAGAUGGUGAGUUCUGUGAGGGGAGGUGCUGAGAUGGUGAGUGCUGUGAGGGGAGGUGCUGAGAUGGUGAGUGCUGUGAGGGGAGGUGCUGAGAUGGUGAGUGCUGUGAGGGGAGGUGCUGAGAUGGUGAGUGCUGUGAGGGGAGGUGCUGAGAUGGUGAGUGCUGUGAGGGGAGGCGCUGAGAUGGUGAGUGCUGUGAGGGAAGGUGCUGAGAUGGUGAGUGCUGUGAGGGGAGGUGCUGAGAUGGUGAGUGCUGUGAGGGGAGGUGCUGAGAUGGUGAGUGCUGUGAGGGGAGGCGCUGAGAUGGUGAGUGCUGUGAGGGGAGGUGCUGAGAUGGCUGGCGGGGCGAUCAUCAAGGCAUGGAACGCGGCCAAGCCGGGAAUCUCCCAGGACGUCGUUGCAUACGACUCUGUGGGAUCAGGCACCGGAAUCACCGGCUUCAACGGCGGAACCUACCUCAUUGCCGUCUCCGAUGAUCCCAUGACCGCGGCGCAAGAGGGCGGCGUCGUCGCCAGCGGCAAGAUCACCGUGCCGCUCUGCGUCUCCACCUUCAGCUUCUUCGUAAACGGAAAGCCCGGAAUCGUGCUCACGGCCACGCAGACGUUCCAGAUUUACAGUGGCGCCAUCUCCGCCUGGUCGGCCGUUCCCGGCGCGGUCGGCAAGGUUGCGGGCACCAUUACUCCCGUGGGGCGCAGCGACAAGUCCGGCAGCACCGCCAUUGUCAAGACCAUGUGGUCUAAGGCUGUGUCCGGGUACAGCGGCGGCACGGACGGCACGGCCAUGGCUUACGCCGGCGUCACCAAGGUGGAGGGAACGAGCGCCGUGUGCGCCGCGGUGCUGAAAACCAGGGGCGCGAUUGGCUACGCUUUCACCGGCGGCUGCAGCGUCGUGCCUUUCAACGCCAGGAAGCCCAACAACCCGAAGCGCGUGAUCGCCGCGCUCAAGAACGCCGCCGGCGUCGCCGUCGCGCCGCCGUCAUGGGUCCCCGGCGCGGCGCUCGUGGGCGCGCCUCCCGCAGCCGACGGGUCCUGGAGCAACGUGGAUUUCAUCUGGAGGGGCGGAGCGAAGACCCCUGCGAUGGUGUCCAUGGAAUACGGGUUCAUCCGCAAGUCGCUGACUGGCGUGACUGGCGGGAAGAUCGCCAAGGCGUUCAUGCAGUUCAUGAUCGGGAAGCUGGCCAAGGGUGGGUAUGGGUUCAAUGCGGUGCCUGCGGGUUGGAGGAACCCGUCCAUUGCCAUGGUGAACGCCAUUGCUGCGUAG